UCCAACGCAGGCAAAACGGUGACCCAGCCCGGCGCCAGUGACAGUCCAGUGGGGAAAGUGCGCUGAAGGGCCCUAGUGGAGGGGCUGGCUGGACUCGAACCUGAUACCGCCAGGAAAUGGCAGCAGCCAGGGCUAGCCUGGGCCGGAUCCUCCCAGAGUCCUCCAUCCUGUUCCUGUGUGACAUGCAGGAGAAGUUUCGUCCUAGCAUAGCCUAUUUCCCACAGAUCGUGUCAGUGGCUGCUCGAAUGCUUAAGGUGGCCCGGCUGCUAAAUGUCCCUGUCUUGCUGACAGAGCAGUACCCAGAAGGCUUGGGCCGCACAGUUCCUGAGCUGGGCGCUCAGGGCAUUCAGCCAGUGAGUAAGACAUGCUUCAGCAUGGUGCCCACCUUACAGAAGGAGCUGGAUGGCCGGUCCCAGCUGCGGUCUGUGCUGCUCUGUGGCAUCGAGACCCAAGCCUGCAUCUUGAACACGGCUCUGGACCUCCUUGACCAGGGACUGCAGGUCCAUGUAGUGGUGGAUGCCUGCUCUUCUCGAAGCCAGGUCGACCGGCUGGUGGCACUGGCCCGUAUGAGACAGAGUGGAGCUUUCCUGUCCACCAGUGAAUCGCUCAUUCUGCAGCUUGUGAGGGAUGCUGCUCAUCCCCAGUUCAAGGAGAUUCAGAAGAUCAUUAAAGAGCCAGUCCCAGACAGUGGGCUGCUGGGCCUAUUCCAAGGCCACAACCCCCUCUUGCAGAACUCCAGGCCCUGACUGAGAUGAGAGAGUUACUCCAUCAUAGGUAGAAGCAUCUGCCCUGUGGGAGGGGAGGGGUGUUAUGCCUCCUGGUUGAACAUCUGGUCCUGGAAAAGCAAUCAAGACUCCUGGGUGCUGGAAGGGGUGG